AUGUUAAAUGAUCAUGAACCCUCGAGACGAGGACAUGAUGGCUCUUACCUGACCAAUCGCACUCGAGUCUCUGUGAACACAUCUGGAAAUACGAACUUCGCUUCGACGUCUCGAUCUCGAAAAUCUGAUGAGCCUAACUAUGUUCAAUUCAAGAAAGAUGCUCCGGGCCUCGUUGCUGCUGCCGCACAUGCGGCGGUCCCUAGCUGGACAAGCAUGGCUCUAAUGGUCUCUCUUAUCUUCGGCGGCUGCUGUGCCAAUGUCUUCGCGCUAGAGGCAAUUAUCAAAGAACAGCCUACCGCCGGUCCCUUGAUCACAUUUGCCCAAUUCGUUCUCUGUGCGCUAUUCACCAUCCCAAGCUUCCUAUCCCCCUCAGCCGGAGCACGAGCCCUAUUCCUGAACCGCCGCGCCAUCCCACUACGCUCGUGGGUGGUAUACACCGCUUAUUUUGUGAGCGUCAACCUCCUCAACAACUGGGCCUUCGCAUAUAAGAUCUCUGUUCCGCUACACAUAAUCCUCCGAUCUGCAGGCCCCGUUGCCUCGAUGGUAAUCGGCUACCUAUACAACGGCAAACGCUAUUCCCGUGGCCAGAUCGCCUCCGUAGGGAUGCUGACGGUGGGCGUGGCGGCAGCCGCCAUUGCCGACGCCCAAUCCAAAGGCGUGUCUAUCCACAUCGACUCGGAUGCGGCGGACGCAGCCACGACGGUUACGGGCUUUACGAUCCUCGCACUCGCGAUGGUCCUCUCUGCAUUCCAGGGGAUUUAUGCUGACCGGCUGUACGCGACUUACGGUAGGGAUCAUUGGAAAGAAGCGCUUUUCUACUCCCAUGCGCUGUCUCUGCCGCUUUUCUUGACGAGUUGUCCGCAGUUACUGGGCCAAUGGCGGGUGGUGGCUUCGUCGCCUUCUUUGCUAUGGCAUUUGGAUUCCGAGUGGUGGGUGUCGUCCAAUGCGCUUGGGAGUACUGCUUUUUCAGUGCUGGGGCGGAUUUGCCAGAUUGAAGCCGUGAAGGCUCUCCUGGCGCAUCUGCCGGUUCAGGUUGCCUACCUGGCGAUGAAUGCACUGACGCAGUACUUGUGUAUCCGGGGGGUCCAUCUUUUGUCAGCCAAGUCCUCGUCAUUGACUGUUACUAUUUUCUUAAAUGUUCGCAAGUUGGUUUCCCCCUCCUGUCGAUCUACCUCUUCGGGAAUCAUUUGGCUGGGGGUGUCUUGGUCGGCGCAGCUCUGGUGUUCGUCGGCGGUGGUUUGUAUGGCUUUGAGGGUGCGCGCUUACGAAGCGUUGCCAAAAAGGUUCAGUGAGAUGCACAUUAGAUGA